AUGAAAUUCAGCCUUGUUCUAUUAUUCACAGCUGUGGCAGUGGCAGAAUUCCCAGCAAAGAGGGUCGAUACAAUUUCUGUUACUGGCUCGCCCCCAGGGUUUGCAUAUGGAGUGACGGGAGGUGGAGACGCGACACCAGUUUAUCCCACCGAUGUCAAGCAUCUAAUUGAGCUUCUGGGUUCUGAUGAUCCUCAAGUUGUUAUUAUCGACAAGACAUAUGAUUUCAUCGGAACGGAAGGGACAACGAAAGGAAACAUUUGCAAGGUAUUUGGUUCCUUUGAAGAUGGCUGUCAGUCCACAAUCGAUACCGGAAAAGGGUGUGAUGGUCAAAAGUCUGAGCCAUAUGAAUGGGAUACUGCUGGAGUCACAGGAAUCCGUGUUCACUCAGACAAGACGAUAAUUGGAGUUGGAAACAAGGGCGUACUCCUCGGCAAAGGGCUGAGAAUAGUCGACGCCUCCAACAUCAUUGUACAAAACAUCAUGAUCACCAACCUCAAUCCAAAACUUGUUUGGGGUGGCGACGCGAUCACACUUUCUAACACUUCAAAUAUCUGGAUUGAUCAUACUCAAUACACUGGCCGUGUACACUAUGUCUUUGGCCAAGAAGCGAACUCUCAUGUCGCUAUCUCUAACAGCUUCAUAAAUGGCGCAACUAAUUUCUCUACUUCGUGUGACGGGCAACAAUACUGGGGAUUGGAACUUGUCGGGGCCGACGACCAAAUCACGUUUGCAAACAACUAUGUGUACAGAACAUCUGGCCGGAGCCCUGCAUUGAGCGGCAAGACCCUCUUCCAUGCCGUCAAUAGCGUGUGGGAGAAUAACAACGGCCACGCCAUUGAGGGCACCGAUGAUGGCCAAGGUCUUUUUGAAGGUUGUGUUUUCAAAAAUGUUAGCCAAAUUGUCCGGGAUUUUGUUGGUCAACUCUUUAGUUCGCCGAGUGCUACGGCAAACAAAGCAUGCUCCGGCGACCUCCAGAGGGACUGCGUGACGAAUAUUCAAACAGACAGCGGGACUCCCUUCAAGAAGGCGGACACUAAAUUCCUCUCUAACUUUGCUGGCCUCACCAUUGCAACUGCAAGUGCAGCUUCGGAGGCCGAGGCAAGCGUCCCAACCAAUGCUGGAAACACGCUAAACAAUGCAUAG